AUGGCAUCUAUUAUUGACGGGAGUAUCUUCGACGAGAGCUCAAGGACGCUGGCGCCCGCUGCAGUUGGUUCUCAGGUCGCGUUAAUGAGCAUAAUCUCCGUGGUCACCGUGCUGCUAUUCAAUUUCCUGCGGCCUAAAAACAAGAUCAUCUACGAACCCAAGGUUAAAUACCAUGAAGGCGACAAACCCCCUCCCCGCAUAUCCGACUCGUUGUUCGGCUGGCUUCCCCCACUAGUAUACACGAAAGAACCAGAACUCCUCGACAAAAUCGGCCUUGAUGCGGUCGCCUUCCUGCGGUUCCUCCGUCUCUUGCGUUGGCUCUUCGCCGGCAUUGCCUUACUCGCGUGCGGUGUCCUCAUCCCUAUCAACGUCGUCUACAACCUCAAGAAUGUCAACACGAAGAGGCGCGAUAUUCUCAGCAUGCUCACCAUUCGCGAUGUCCAGGGAGACUUCCUCUUCGCCCACGUUGCCGUCACGUACCUCAUCACCUGCCUCAUCGUCUUCUGCGUGAACAUGCACUGGAAGGCCAUGGUCAGGCUACGGCACACAUGGUUUAGGUCCCCAGAAUACCUCCAGUCUUUCUACGCCCGCACAUUGCAAGUCCGACACGUGCCGAAGAAAUUACAGAGUGACGAAGGUCUCAAGGCGAUUUUCGAGUCUAUCAACAUGCCUUACCCUACGACGAGCGUGCAUAUCGGUCGCAAGGUCGGCAAACUGCCCGAGUUAAUCGAGUAUCACAACCAAACUGUGCGCGACUUCGAGGAAGUCCUUGUCAAGUAUCUUAAGGGCGGGAAGAUCAAGGCGAAGAGGCCUACUAUUCGAAUUGGAGGGACUUGCGGUUGUGGGGGUACCAGGAAGGACGCUAUCGAUUUCUAUACAGCGAAACUGAAACGCACGGAGGCUGCCAUUGAGGAGUAUCGCAAGCAGAUUGAUACACGCAAGGCGGAAAACUUUGGUUUCGCGAGCAUGGCUGCUGUCCCUUACGCCCACAUUGUGGCACGGAAGAUUGCAGGCAAACACCCCAAAGGUACCGACAUUGACCUCGCCCCCAACCCCAAAGACAUUAUCUGGAGCAACAUGGACAAUUCUGAGGCCGAGCUAGCCCGUAACAGAUUGAUUGGUGUUUUCUGGCUUGUCGGCGUCUGCUUCUUCAACACCGUUCCACUGUUCAUCAUCUCUAUUCUUGCCAACUUGGACUCCAUUCGGGUAUACGUGCCUUUCCUGCAAAGCUGGUUUGAUAAGUCGCCUCAAUCGUUCGCGUUCCUGUCUGGUGUGCUGCCCCCAGCUAUCUCCGGCCUGUUCGGUUUCUUUUUGCCUAUCAUCAUGCGUUGGUUGUCGAAGUUCAUGGGUGCUUUGACACAUUCCAAGCUGGAUCGAGCGGUCGUGGCUCGGUACUUCGCCUUCUUGAUCAUUUCGCAGUUGAUCAUCUUCACCUUGAUCGGUGUUAUCUUCAACUCCGUACAACAAAUUAUCCUCCUAAUUGGCAAGAGGGCCAGUUUCAAAGAGAUCAUUGACAAUCUUCACGAGCUCCCCGAUGUCAUCAACCGCACGUACAUCAACCAGGCAUCGUACUGGCUCACUUUCUUCCCGCUCCGUGGUUUCCUUGUUGUUUUCGAUCUUGCUCAAAUCAUCAAUCUCGUCUGGUUGUCCUUCAAGACCCAUGUUUUCGGUCGUACCCCUCGUGAUAUCCGGGAAUGGACGCAACCGCCUGAGUUCCAGUAUGCUAUCUAUUAUUCCAACGUCUUGUUCAUGGGUGCCGUAGGCCUUGUUUUUGCACCCCUUGCACCACUCGUCGUUUUGGCUGCUGCCAUCGUUUUCUGGAUGAGCUCGUGGGUAUACAAGUACCAGCUUAUGUUUGUCUUCGUGUCCAAGGUUGAGAGUGGAGGCCGCAUCUGGAAUGUCGUCAUCAAUCGCCUCCUAGUUUGUGUCGUGCUCAUGCAACUGUUAAUGAUGCUCACGAUCGGCCUCCAAUAUCAGUUCAGGUCUUUGAAAUGGUUAUCUACCGUUCCGCCCAUCUUGAUCAUUCUCGCCUUCAAACUCUAUAUCAACCGCGUCUACGUACCGGCGUUCAACUACUUCUCUCCUACCGAGGAAGAGAUUAGACUUGCGAAGGUUCACUCAGAACGCGCAGACCACAAAGGCAACAGGCUCGAGAAGCGCUUUGGCCAUCCGGCUCUACACGCCGAAUUAUUCACGCCGAUGUUGCACAAGAAGAUGAUGCCGCUGCUGAGCGAGGUAUACCACGGGAAGAUCAAUAACGACCAUGCAAAAUUGGACGAGUAUGGUGGACAGCAGAUGGAGGCACAGAUUGUCCCGGGAGGUAUCAAGAUUGCUGCUAUCGACCAGCGCGACCUCGAGUACGAUCCUGUCAUGUACCAGCGCGAUCGUGGAGAGCUCGACUGGGACCAGCGAUCAGUAGCUUCUACUGCUAUUUUCAACGACCUCCCUUCCGACGCCCACCACUACCCUAAUGCCUCAUCAAAGACUCUGGUUGGCUACGAGAAAUAUCUUGCUCAAGGCUCAGGUUCGACUAAUGGACAUGAGAUCGAGAUGACACCCAUUGAUUCUAUGCAAGAACCAUUGCUUGAUCCCCGGAGUAUGGCCCAUCAUCAGCAGGGCUUUGCGUCGCAGCAAUCGCUAACGCCGUCUCUCCCUCCUUCAAUGUAUCAACAAUAUAACGGCAGUACGAAGGAGGCAUCCCUUUACAGACCUCAAGAACGAUCGUAUUCUCCCAGCCCAACAUACGUCUCCACGGAUAAUUUGAACCAAGGCCGUUCGCCUGUUAGUCCGUAUCCCAACGCCCCUGCUUCAGCAGACUCCCAUGCAUCGUACUUCCCACCACAACAGCAACAUCAACGACAGGUCAGCGGCAAUAUGCUCGCUAGCACACAAAGAUCGCAAUCUCCGGGACCCUACAAUGCUGUGGCACAAUACCCUCCGCAACCACAGCAGCACGGACGACAGGCUAGUGGGAACAUGCUCAACUCACCCCAGACGAGGACACCUUCCCCCGGCCCAAAUCAGGCAUACGGACAACAGCACUCAAGACAGGCUAGUGGCAACAUGCUGGCUGGUACGGGAACACCAUCUCCGGGCCCCUAUCAGGCGUACGGCGGGAACCAGAGUCAGAUGCUGCAGCAGCAACACGCUCGGCAAAUGAGCGGAAACAUGCUCUCGAAUCGGACGCCGUCGCCAGGUCCAUACCAGGCAUAUGCGCCACAGCAGCAACAUGCAAGACAAGGAAGCGGGAACAUGCUAGGUGGCUACUCGCCCACCUCUCCACCUGGAGCUGGACCACAGAACCCUCAACAACAGUCAGGACAACCAGCGAACUUCGCAGGCCGCGGUGCACAUAGACCAGGAUACUAA